UUUGGUUAUUAGUUGGUUUCCAUUUGUCUCGUGGAUGGUUUGUUGUCGCAGUGUUAUUUAUGUAAACAAAACGCUGACCAGAAUUUCAUGUGCGACUCACCGGUACUGAACAUAAUCCGCGUAAGGUCAAGCAUUUACACGGGCUUCACUUUGUAAAAGUUGGAUAAUCGUAAAAUCUCAACAAAGAAAAGAUGGGAGACUCCGAUGAGGAAAACGAGAAGGACCUGGCAUCUGGCCUUAAUAUCACUGGCUUCCUCUUUGGCAACAUUGACGAUAAUGGUCAAUUGGAGGAUGAUAUCUUGGAUCCGGAUGCCAAACAACAUUUAGCUUCGCUGAGUCGCCUCGGUCUGAGUUCAUUCAUCAACGAGAUGAUGUCCAAUGACAAUAAUACUGAGGAGAGAGAAAAUGGCAAAGUAGAUGAGAAGAAGGAGGAUCAAAACACAACUACAAAUGACAUGGAUAUGGAUUAUUUGGCGAAAUCGCCUACUGCGCUAGAUUUCUCAGAUAUAAAUGAGUUGGCAGAAGAUACAAUUGAUGAAAUAUCCAAAAGUAAUGGAUUCGAUAGGAAACUAGACAAGGAAAAUGUAGAUUAUGAUGCCGAUGACGAGGAAGUUGUCAGUAAAUCAGAUACACAAUUAAUGCCACCACCGCCAAUACCAGAAGAGAAGGAGACAUUGACUGCAGAAGAAGCAGAAGCAGCGCGUCAACGUAAAUUAGAAACACCUCUUGCUUCCAUGUUACCAUCCAAGUACGCCAAUAUCGAUGUCACCGAAUUGUUUCCGGAUUUCCGCACUAAUAAAGUACUCAGAUUCUCGCGACUGUUCGGACCCGGCAAGCCGAGCAGUCUGCCACAGAUAUGGAGGGGUGUAAGGAAGCGACGUAAAAAGAAAAAACAUCAUGAUGUCAGAGAUUCUGAUUCUGGCUCUGAUCAGGAUGAUAAAAAAUCCAAAUUUAAGGGCUGGAUCAUGCAAUAUGGUCCUGAGCCGAGCACUGAAGCAUGUCGUUCGGAUGAUGAAAAUAAGCUACUACAACCAGUAGAAGACAAGGAACAGACUGGUAAAAUGGGUGAAAGUGGAGAGAACGGUGACAUGGGACCCAAAGUGGCUGACUGGAGAUUUGGACCUGCACAGUUGUGGUAUGACAUGCUUGAAGUACCAGAAACUGGAGAUGGAUUCAACUAUGGCUUCAAGAUGGUUGAAAAAGUGGAAGAACAAGAAAAUAAAUCAGAGACCAAAGACGAAGAUUUCACUGACGAUGCAUUCUUGAUGGUGUCGCAAUUGCACUGGGAAGAUGAUGUUGUCUGGAAUGGAGACGACAUAAAGCAUAAGGUAAUGCAGAAGUUGAACAGUAAAAAUAACGCUGCCGGUUGGGUACCAUCAAGUGGCAACAGAACAGCGCAAGCCUUUAGUCAGCCCGGAAAAGGUGCCUCUGUCACCGUAACACCUAACGUUAGACUAGCCACUUCGCAAAUUACAACGCCACUGCACAUGCAGUCUCAAAAGAAUAAGAUGAAUAUGGGCAAGGGAAAUCAGCAGCCACAGCGGGAGGAGGACGACACCUGGUAUUCAAUAUUUCCGGUAGAAAACGAGGAGCUUGUUUAUGGUUUAUGGGAGGAAGAAGUCAUUUGGGAUCCCGAACAAAUGAAAAAGAUCCCGAAACCGAAGAUACUUACGUUGGAUCCAAAUGACGAAAAUAUAGUUCUAGGCAUACCGGACGACAUUGAUCCCGCUCUUCUCCACAAGGACAACGGUCCGCAACCUAAAGUAAAAAUCCCGCAUCCGCACGUUAAGAAAAGCAAACUACUGUUGGGUAAAGCAGGUGUCAUUAAUGUCCUCGAAGAAGACACGCCUCCACCACCACCGAAAUCACCUGACCGAGAUCCAUUUAACAUAUCAAACGAUACAUAUUACAUGCCUAAGUCGUCGGAAACUACGUUGAGGCUGAAAGUCGGCGGUGGCAAUUUGAUACAGCAUAGCACUCCAGUGGUGGAGCUGCGUGUUCCUUUUGUACAAACGCACAUGGGUCCAAUGCGAUUGAGAAACUUCCAUAGGCCGCCGGUGCGAAGGUUCAGCUAUGGGCCAUUGGCUCUUCCAGCACCGCAUGGUGUCUUGCCUCUGCUUAAGCAUAUUAAAAAGAAAGCUAAGCAACGAGAGCAAGAAAGAAUUGCUUCCGGUGGAGGCGAUGUGUUCUUCAUGAGAACACCUGAGCAUCCACCGCUUAUGAAUCAAGUCGGCAUGUGCUCCAAGGUGAAGAAUUAUUACAAGAGAAGGGCCGGCAAAGAUCAGGGACCUCAGACAUACAAAUAUGGAGAGACAGCGUACGCUCACACUAGUCCUUUUCUUGGAAUUCUUACGCCUGGCCAAAGCAUCCAAGCCAUCGAGAACAACAUGUAUAGGGCUCCUCUUUACGAGCAUAAGAUUCCUGAAACUGAUUUCUUAGUCAUAAGAUCGAGACAACAAUAUUAUGUUAGAGAAAUGGAUGCCUUAUUUGUUGCUGGACAAGAAUGCCCACUUUAUGAAGUCCCUGGACCAAAUUCAAAGAGAGCAAACAAUUUUGUACGAGAUUUUCUACAGGUGUUCAUAUAUAGAUUAUUUUGGAAGUCAAGCGAUACUCCUCGACGAAUUAAAAUGGAUGACAUAAAGAAAGCCUUUCCAUCUCACAGUGAGAGUAGUAUUAGAAAAAGAUUAAAGCUGUGCGCCGACUUUAAGAGAACUGGCAUGGAUUCCAACUGGUGGGUAAUAAAACCGGACUUUAGGUUGCCGACGGAGGAGGAGAUCCGCGCUAUGGUGUCGCCAGAGCAGUGCUGUGCUUAUUUCAGCAUGAUCGCGGCCGAACAGCGCCUAAAGGACGCUGGAUACGGAGAGAAGUUUUUGUUCACUCCACAAGACGAUGACGACGAGGACAUGCAGUUAAAAAUGGAUGACGAGGUGAAGGUAGCGCCGUGGAAUACGACGCGCGCUUAUAUCCAAGCCAUGAAAGGAAAGUGUCUACUGCAGUUGGCAGGUCCAGCCGAUCCAACUGGCUGUGGUGAAGGUUUCAGUUAUGUUAGAGUGCCGAAUAAACCGACUAUUAGCAAGGAGGAACAAGAAGCUCAACCAAAAAGAACUGUAACUGGCACAGACGCGGACUUGAGGAGAUUGUCCUUGAACAAUGCGAAAGCGUUGCUACGAAAAUUUGGUGUACCCGAGGAGGAGAUCAAAAAGUUAUCGCGUUGGGAAGUAAUUGAUGUGGUUCGAACUCUAUCGACAGAGAAGGCAAAGGCUGGCGAGGAGGGCAUGACAAAAUUUUCACGCGGCAAUCGUUUCUCUAUUGCCGAACAUCAGGAACGUUACAAAGAGGAGUGCCAACGAAUUUUUGACUUACAGAAUCGUGUGCUGUCGUCGAACGAAGUAUUGAGCACGGAUGAGGGUGAGAGUUCGGAGGAGGACAGCUCGGAUAUCGAGGAAAUGGGUAAGAAUAUCGAAAAUAUGUUAUCAAACAAAAAGACCAGCACGCAGCUAUCACUGGAACGGGAGGAACAACAGCGGCAUGAGCUACGGAAGAUGCUCAUGGGCGAGGCGCAGGAACAGGAAGGCAAGAAAGGCAAGGAGAGCAAAAAGAAGGACGAGGAGGAGGACAGCCCAGUUAAUAAUUUUAAUGCGCAGCAGGGACGUGUAUUAAAGAUUUACCGCACUUUCCGUAAUCCUGAGGGCAAGGAAUACACGCGAGUUGAGUUAGUGAGAAAGCCCGCCGUAAUCGAUACAUACAUUAAGAUCCGUAACUCGAAGGACGAGACGUUUAUCAAGCAGUUUGCCACAUUGGACGAGGCACAGAAGGAAGAAAUGAAACGGGAGAAGCGUAGAAUUCAGGAACAAUUGCGACGAAUCAAGCGAAAUCAGGAGAGGGAGCGUAUGUUGGGUGGGCCAUCUAUAGUGAACGGCAGCAAUAUCAAUAAUUCGAAUAACAUAUUCGAUCGCAGUAACAUUAACACUCCAACUACCACUUCCUCAACUAGUAUCCUUCCAUUUUGUAGUUUCCAAUCUUCUACUUCUAUCCCCGCGCCCAAACAUCCUAAACAGGAGAUAUCGCCUCCUAAGCGUAAAAAACCUAAACUCAAACCAGAUCUGAAACUCAAGUGCGGUGCUUGUGGCAACGUCGGCCACAUGCGUACGAACAAAGCCUGUCCACUCUACCAGAACAGUAUCGCCACUGCACCAGUCAACGUCGCGAUGACCGAAGAACAGGAGGAGGAAAUCGAGAAGCAGCUAAAUACUGAUGAUCAGGAUCUGGUUAAUGUCGACGGCACCAAGGUGAAAUUGUCCUCAAAACUUAUCAAGCACGCUGAGGAAAUGAAGAGGCGUACAUUAUUGCUCAAAGUGCCGAAGGAAGCGGUAAAUUCAAAGAAACGUAGGAAACCACCCACAGAUGACCACUGUGAUUAUUUGAAACGUCAUCAAAGACCGGUUAACAGACGUAGAACUGAUCCAGUUGUAGUGAUGUCUACAAUGUUGGAGAGCAUUUUGAAUGAAAUGAGAGAUCUGCCAGAUGUGCAACCGUUCCUAUUUCCAGUUAAUGCUAAAGUAGUCCCUGAUUAUCACAAGAUCAUACAGCGGCCCAUGGAUCUGCAGACCAUACGUGAAAAUUUGAGGCUAAAGAAAUAUCAAAGCAGGGAAGAAUUUCUGGCAGAUGUUAAUCAGAUUGUGGAGAACUCGACGCUCUAUAACGGAGCAAAGAGUUCAUUGACUGUGGCCGCUAAGAGAAUGUUGGAUACGUGUGUCGAGAGACUUGGCGAAAAGGAGGAUCGUUUGAUGAGAUUAGAGAAGGCCAUCAAUCCUCUUCUUGACGACAAUGACCAGGUUGCUCUCACUUUCAUUUUGGAUAACGUUGUCAACAAUAAGCUGAAAUCUAUGACAGAAGUAUGGCCGUUUAUGAAACCUGUCAAUAAAAAGAUGGUGAAGGAUUAUUACAAUAUUGUCAAGAGGCCGAUGGACCUAGAAACAGUAUCUAAAAAAGUUUCUGCACACAAAUAUCACAGCCGUCACGAAUUUCUUAGAGAUAUCGAACAGAUCUUGGAGAAUUGCUCGAUUUAUAAUGGUAAAGAGUCUCCGCUUACAAGUAAAGCGGAGUUGUUGGUUAAAGUGUGUAAAGAUACAUUAGAUGAGUAUGAUGAACAUUUGACACAACUGGAGAAUAAUAUAUUGCUAGUGCAAAAACGAGCGAUGGAGCAAGCAGACAUAGAUUCCUCCUGGCUUUGCCCCGAUGAAGAAAACUAUACUAUCACGGAACCUGAAUAUAGAGGCAGCCAGAACAGUUCUCCAGAGAAUCCAUUUAGCAAAUCAAAUAUGGAUGACUUCGAUUUUGUCGAUGUAGAAGGAGACAUGGAAACGGACAUGGAUAGGAAUUCGAAAAAGAAGGAUGUGCUUGAAGAAGAUCUUCAAUUCUCCAGCGAAGAUGAAUUUGAUGAAGUGCCAUUCGGCACGGACGAACAUUCCGAGCAAAACGAAACGGAGGCAUUGGAAUUAAGCGAGGUCAGAGAAGGUGUCGUAUUAGCAGAUGAUGACAGUCAACAAGCCGCAGAAGCAAUGGUUCAGUUAGGAAAUGUCGGUUUUUAUAUGGGCGAACAGCAGCUGCUUCAACAAGAUGAGAGCAUGGAUGUUGAUCCAAAUUACGAUCCGUCGGACUUCUUGUUGGCUGGUUUACCAGCUAGAGAUGAUAAGGGAGAGAAUAAGAUCCAGGAUGAUCUGGCUGUUUCCGAAAGUGAUGAUGACGCCGAAAAUGUCACGUCCAAGCAGGAAGCACAGCAGAAUCAGCAGCAGCAACAACUGAUACAACCGGACGAGGAUGUCACCGGUGAUUUGUGGUUCUAAAUGCGAAAGUUUUGUUGCUUGUUAAAGUAACGCGCGAGAAUGUAUAUUUAGUCUAUUUAACAAUGGGUUACAAAUAUAGUUAGAAUCGUGAAUUUUUAAAUCUAUCUUGUAAGAUUGAAGAAUCUAGAGUUUAUUCAUAUUAUGUGCAU